CUUCUCCUUCUCCUUCUCCUACAACCUCAUUAUUUCCCUCUAACAACAUGAAACCACUUCCUUUCCCCUUACCUUUCAAUAUCGGUACGGAUAUUGUCCACCUGCCCCGUAUCACCCGCCUAAUCAACCGGCCCGGAGACUACCUCACUCGGUUCACGCGCCGCAUCCUCUGCGAACAAGAACAGCAUGACUUCCGCACCCGAUUUGCUAUCCCCACUCCGUCUACUUCCCAGGCACCACCUAGCGGCUCGACCUCCAUAACGCCCGAUAUGGCCCGCUGGCUCGCCGGUCGGUUUGCAGCAAAGGAAGCCGCCAGGAAAGCAGCGCCACUGGGGGCUGCGAGUCUCGGGUGGAAGGAUGUUCUGGUGCGCGUAGGCGAGGUUGAUCAGGGGAGGCCGGAGGUGGUGUAUCUUUCUCCGGAGGGGGGGAGGGUUGGUCGGUUAUCGAUUUCGCAUGAUGGGGAGUAUGUCGUUGCCGUGGUUUUGGCGACGGGUGAGUGAGGCGAGGGCACAUGCUGUAAAGCAGUAUACAGGAUUUGACAUGCGACAUUUCACUUGGGGGGCUCUUAUAGAUACACACAUGACGCUAGGUGUCGCCAGUGGAAGAAAGCUUCGUCGGGAUGAUAAAGCCAGCUGCGGUGGGCUUUGACGGGCUGGGCUAUCUAUCGCGCGAAAUAAGCGCCUGGGGUACCGUAAGCGACCUUGAGGGGAUGGUGCGAAAUGCAAUGGUCGGGGUUUAUGUAUGGGGGGUCUGGAAUGGCUCUUGCGACAGACAAGUUGAUAGACUGGGGAAACCACCCACCUGGGCACUUAUGGAUAUGAGAGGCUCUACCUUUUUAAGCUCCCAUCGCUGGAUAUGAGGAGAAGGAUCUAACCAAUCCAACUGUGAUGUUAACAAACGUGUAGUUCAAGUGAUAAUAAGAGGUGGAGAUGG